UUAGUUUGUUUACUUGUUUCUCUUAGUUUUGUAAGCCUUGUUAGGGUUAGCAUUUUGCAUCCUAACAAUUGGUGCUUUCAUCAUGUACUCAAGUCCCCCAAUGAAUUACCCUUAUCUUACACCUUCAUCUCAUCAAUGGAGCAUUCCUCCUACCUAUCCCACAAACCCCUCUUUUACAUCUCCUACCACAUCUUCAUUUCCAUCUUUCCCGUAGGAACUGUUUACACCUUAUUACACUCAUGGUUCAUCAUCCCCAAAAUUGUAUUUGAAUCACGGAUAUUCACCACAUCAUCAUUCACAUCUUCAGCAGCACCACUACAGAAAACAACUUUUGACCUCACACCACCCAUUCACACAACAUCAUCUAAUGAACACUUCCACCCAUAUGGGUAGUUGCUACCCAGAAGCUACGUAUCACUUUCACUUUCACUGUCCAGAAACUACCUAUCGUACAUGUAUUAGAAGAGAUUUUGCAAGACAUUUCCAAGUCUCUCACCCACGUUUCAAGAAAUCAACCAAAAAAACUCCAAAACCGCCAUUGAAAGACAAUAAAUCAGUUUCCAAUCACAAACCACAACCGCGAUUGUUCAACCGAAGCAAGAGCAUGGGCGGUGGAAGAUCCAACAACAGCGGAAACAUUCGUGGAAACCCUAAAUUCCGAAACAGAGGUUCUGCGAUAGAGAAUCCCUUUUCGUUGAAGGUGGAUUCUUAUCCGAUUGGAACCCUUCCUUCUCCAACUGCAAUUUGGGUAGCAAUGGUAUUUUCAAUCGCACUACUGAUGAUGAUAGUGUUUCUUCUUUUGAUUAUCUCACAGAGAAAGUAGCGUUUCUUCUCGGAACUUCGAACGGGUUUUUAUCACUUAAUGAUGUCGAGAGUACUGUUGUGGUACAUGAGACCCAAGAAUCGGUUAAAGGUGAAUCAAUCGAUGAGUUAACGAAGUCGAAGAAUGUGCAAGAGAAUUCUGAAGGGGAGUGGUCUGUGAUUGAUGCACAUCCUAUUCAUGCUAUGAAGUUUUCUGUCUCCCCUUUUGUGCGUGUUCCUGUUCAGUGUAAGGUUGCUUCAGAUCUUCCUAAGCUUGUGGAAGGUCUCAAACAUCUUGCUAAGUCUGAUCCUAUGGUUGUCUAUACCAUUGAGGAGUCCGGAGAACACAUUGUUGCUGCUGCCUGAGAGCUUCAUCUUGAGAUUUGUUUGAAGGACUUGCAGGAUGAUUUCAUGGGUGGAGUUGAAAUUAUCAAACAGAUGUUUGAACCAACUCACCAUCUGUUUGAUGAAACCCCGGAACGAGACACUGCCAGAGUCUUGGCCACAGAGGUGUUGCGCAUCAUCGCCAUGACCUACUAUCCAGGUCCCUUCAACGACGACAAGUUUCAUGUUGAUGUCGAUUUUUUGGUCCCUCCGAAAUCACCGGAUUUCAAUCUUGACUAUGCCAAGAGCGUCAUGCCUCCACCAGCUCCUACCACGGUAUACUCUCGUUAUGAAUCUCAACAAUUUUCAUUGAAUAUCUUAUCUAGAAUCCCAUCUCAAUUCAUCCUCAAUUCUAAAAAUUCAUUUAAUUUUCGAGUUAUGAUCAUAUUGGGGAAAUAUUUUGUUAUGGUUGAUCAAAUUGUUGCUGAAUUUUUGUGUUGUGGAACAAGUGAAUAUAGAAAGUAUAUUGAAACUGGAUUCUCAGAUAUCGGCCACCAUAUGUUUGUUGAAAUACCUCUGUCAAUCAUUCAAUUGCUUUCGUCUAUACCAUUUCCGCCGAAACCGUCGGAUCCUUGUUUUUGGCUGAACAAUCCUACCAUGCUUCCACCACCUUCUUUCAAGAUGUGGGAAUAUUUGAUUUAUAAGGCUAAAGAAGAAGGUUCUAAGUCCACUGGUAGUAAAAUAUCAAGGCUCUUUUGGCAUGGUGGUUCUGCCUAUGAUGCUUGGUUUAGUUGUGCUUCUAAUCAGGUUGCACAAGUGCUUUUGACAUUGUGUUAUAAUAUGAUGUUAAAACUAUAUGCUCAGAAAGGGAAAUUUGAAAAACUGGAUAGGUCCAUUCCAAAUUCUGCAAUUCCUCAUGAACUGGAGACUAGAAAAAUCUUCUUGUUUGGUUUGUCUCAAGGUGCUGGAAUAUUUGACGGUGCAGAUCAACGUUAUAGACAAUCAUUACCGUUGGGGAAGCAAGUGGAGUAUUACUCAAAUGUGUAUGAGGAGCUGACACCAGAAGUGGGAGAAACUGCUCUACAGAAGCAGCUCUCGAAAUUAAUUUUUGUUAUGAUGAUUGGAAGCAAUGAUCUCUUUGGAUACUUUGAGUCAUCAGAACCCCUUGAUUUUCUCACUCCACAAGAUUAUGUUGAUUCCAUGAUUUUCUCACUAAGACUGCAACUACAGCGAAUAUAUGCUAAUGGUGGGCGUAAAUUUGAGAUUGCGGGAGUUGGGGUGAUUGGAUGCUGCCCUGCGUCCAGACUGAAGAACAAAACAGAAUGUGGUGUAGAAACCAAUUAUUGGUCAGCUCAAUAUAAAAAAGGCCUUCAAUCUAUUUUGAAAGAAUGGAAAUUUGAGAAUGAAGGCAUAAUCUAUUCUUACUUUGAUACUUAUGCCGCAACGAGUGACCUCAUUCAGAAUCCAACUGUCCACGAAUUUACAGAUGUAAAAGCUGCUUGUUGUGGACUUGGAGAGUUGAAUGCCAUAGCUCCUUGCCUGCCCGUCUCAAACCUUGUCCUCAAUAGACAAAACCAUGUUUUAUGGGAUCAAUAUCAUCCUACAAAGGCAGCCCCACAUAUCUUUGCCGAUGGAAUUUUUGAUGGCCCUUCAAUUUACAUGUUUCCUAUUAAUAUGAGACAGCUAGUAGCAAGCUGAAGUUAGCAAUUAACUUUUCAUUUUAGAAUGGAUGCUAAGCAUGGACUUAUUUUAAUUGAAAUAAACCCUGUCAGUGAGAAACUCCAGCAACCAUACGACAAACCCCUUGAGUUCAAGUUUGUACUACAAUGUUGUUUUCUUAUUUCAAAUCAUGGAGGUGUUUAGAAGGCUGUGUAAGGUAAAAGUAGUGAAUAUUUCUUUCAACAAUUAUUUUACAACCUUGAGGACAAGGUUGAUUUUGAAGGGGUGAGUAAUGAUAGAGAGUUAAUAUUAAUUAAGUUAGUUUAUUAGUUGUACUUUUAUUAUCAUGUAGUUGGGCUUUUUAAUUAUCAUUUAAGUGGACUUUUAGUGUUUAGGUCUUUUGUUAGAUUAUCCAUUAGUGACAUUAUAUAAUGUAGUGUUUUGACACAUUGGAAAAUCAAUCAAUGAAAAUCAAAGUUAUCUUUUAAUUCUAUUUCCUUAGUUUGUUUACUUGUUUCUCUUAGUUUUGUAAGUCUUGUUAGGGUUAGCAUUUUGCAUCCUAACACAAUUACUCCGCCAAACGAAAGUAUCCUCCACUUCAUGAUUAAUAUCCACAUUAUUGAGAAUUUCGUACAGUGGCAGUAUUGUUCCUGCACAGUAGUGGGAAGAUAGCUUGGUUCUUGCACAAGCUUUGAAGUCCACAGUAUGUCGACUGACGCUCUCAUCUCUGCGACCCUCGCAUUUUGACCUACAAUGCAUCAAAACAGAUUCAAAAAUGUAUGUCUCAGUGAAUUUCGACCGACUCAACAACCGUUCAAAAAAUAAUCUUCGCACAGUUGUCGAGCAUUACCGAAAUAACUUGGUUUAUCCAAUUCUGAUCUAAAGGUACAAUGGCGCCUAUAGAGCAUAAGUUUGACAACCAUAAGUAAUGUUGACGUUUAUAAGUGGGAACACAAUUACUAAUAAGCUACUUGAUCGAAUCUACAUAACUAAAAAACAACAAAUUAACCCAGUAGUUAUCUUUCUCAUUUAAGAUGCACCAAUGCCACUUGCUAAGCAACACAUAAUUGAUUCUCUACAUUUUUCAC